AUGGGCUCCUCAUCAGGCCUUGCGGGGCUAAAGUGCCUCCAGUGGAUAUUCCGUGGCAUCCAGUUCGUGUGCUCAGUCGUCAUAUUGGGCAUUUACUCAUACUAUCUCGCAUCCAUGGCCAGUCACAAGAUAACCAUCUCAACGAAUAUAAAGGCCAUAGAAGUUUCCUCCUUCAUUGCCAUCAUUCUGGAUGUCGGACUUAUCGCCGCGUACAUUUAUGUUGCUGUUGGCAAUCGCGACGGGGCCAGCUCGUGCACCGGCAGCAACGUAAACACUGUCUACGGUUCUGGGGCGGGGAGUGCUACUCCCAGCUCGAGUGGAUCAGGGAAUAGCAUCGCCAACAUCCCGGUGAACGGACUGCCCACAUUCCAGAUAGCUUGCAGGCUGGAGACGGUAUGCCUUGCCGCUGCUUGUAUCGCCUGCAUCUUCUUCGCACUCUCUAUCCUGCUAGAGAUCAGCCUCAAUCGCAACCGCCACAGAGCAUCCCGCCCUGUUCGCGACGCUGAUGGCGAGUACAUCUCCAAGUCAGAUUACUACGGACAGGGUGCACCUCCCCAGCGUCGCCAAGGCCUCAGACCAUUCCUGGGCGCACUCCCCUUCCGCCGUCGCGAGCCUGAGGACCCGGAUGUGUUGCCAAUGCACCAGCAACCUGGUCAAAUGCAGACACGGCAGGUCGAGACUUGGGGGGAGGUCGUAUCCCUGCAUGACAGUGAUCGGCUGUACUUUAAUGAAGGCGAGGAUCGCGAUGAACAUGGACCGCCUGUGCAGUUCACAUCAACGACAGCACCACGCCCGGCCGCGAAUGAAUACAACGAGGGCGAGAUAUCCGAUCGGGAAUACAACCUAUACCAGGAGGACGAAAGGGGCAAUGACAAUAGCGAAUCUGGGCGACGCACCAAGCAAAGGGAGAGCAGGGCUGCGAGAGCUGAAAGGUUUGCGGCAGCUUGA